GAUCUUCUGACUUCAUCAGAUAAAUACUGCAGCUCUGCGUCUAGAAGGACUUACUGCUGCGGACGGACAACCAUAGACGGUUACUUUUCCAAAUAAACAAUAAAUCUUAAAAGUCGUGCCCUAAGCCCGUUAUUGACAAUGAUGAACGGAGAGAUGAACGGUUUUCAUAAUGACCUUAUCGAUGAAGACUGCUUCUUGUUCACCUCCGAGUCGGUCGGAGAAGGACAUCCCGACAAAAUUUGUGACCAGAUUAGUGAUGCUGUGCUAGAUGCCCAUCUCAAGCAGGACCCUGAUGCCAAAGUAGCAUGCGAGACUGUUGCCAAGACUGGGAUGAUCCUGUUGGCAGGUGAAGUGACAUCACAUGCUGUAGUGGAUUACCAGAAAAUUGUACGGGAUACCCUUCGUCAAAUUGGAUAUGACGAUUCUUCUAAAGGGUUUGAUUAUAAGACCUGCAAUGUUCUUGUGGCCUUGGAGCAGCAGUCUCCUGACAUCGCCUUGGGUGUUCACAUCGACCGCAGUGAGGAGGACAUCGGAGCAGGAGAUCAGGGCUUGAUGUUUGGAUAUGCCACCGAUGAGACAGAUGAGUGUAUGCCACUCACAAUUGUCCUUGCCCACAAGCUGAAUGCAAAAAUGGCUGAACUACGGCGCAAUGGCACCCUUCCUUGGCUUAGACCAGACUCUAAAACCCAGGUGACAGUACAGUACCACAAGGACCGUGGCGCCAUGCUUCCACUGCGAGUGCACACAAUUGUAAUCUCUGUGCAGCAUGAUGAACAUGUUUGUCUGGAAGAGAUGAGAGAUGCUUUAAAGGACAAGGUCAUCAAGGCUGUUGUUCCCUGCAUUUAUUUGGAUGAUGACACAAUUUACCACCUGCAGCCCAGUGGAAGAUUUGUCAUCGGGGGCCCACAGGGAGAUGCUGGUCUGACUGGUCGUAAAAUCAUAGUUGACACUUACGGUGGUUGGGGUGCUCAUGGUGGUGGCGCUUUCUCGGGCAAGGACUACACAAAGGUUGACCGAUCUGCUGCUUAUGCUGCCCGUUGGGUGGCAAAAUCUCUAGUGAAGGCUGGGCUUUGUAGGAGAGUGUUGGUUCAGGUAUCCUAUGCCAUUGGAGUUUCCCAUCCCCUUUCCAUUUCUAUCUUCCACUAUGGGACCUCCAAAAAGAGUGAGAGAGAGCUGCUUGACAUUGUGAAGAAGAACUUUGAUCUGCGCCCUGGAGUCAUUGUCAGGGAGCUGGAUCUGAAGAAACCUGUGUAUCAGAGGACUGCAGCCUACGGCCACUUUGGCCGAGACUCCUUUACGUGGGAGGUGCCCAAAAAGCUGAAAUACUAAACCUGUUAAGCUUUUCCCCCCAGGCUUGUUGGUGUAUACUACAGAGAAGCCUCCAAGGUUCCAGGGGGUGAAAUGCCCAAUAACUUCACAUAAUAAUGCCAUC